AUGCAGUUCGGCGCACUUGUCACGUCUUUCCUCUGCCUGGCUGCGGCUCAGUUCGCUGUUGCAGAGGACACUACCUCCGUGUUGACCACGACCGUCACCAAGACCCUGGUCCGGGUGAACUCGGUCACUGUCACUGCCACUCCCACCCCCAGCUCCAGCAUGGUGAGCGUCACGGCGACUUCUACCCCCGUGGUUGUCUCAUCCACCCACGCCGCACCCUCUGCCACCCACACUGGCGGCGCUAUCAGCAUGCGCGCCGGCAUGCCGGCUGCCAUCGUUGCUGGCUCUUUCGCCCUCAUUAUGGGUCAGGCCCUUUAA